GAAGACAGAGUGCGUCUGCAACGGUAUUACGGUAGUAUCACUUAUGGAUUGCUUCAUCCAUGAAGGUGAUACCACAGAUAGGUAUGUAUAUUAGGGUGGAGUGAAACAUAUAAAAAAAUUUUUUUUUGCUCAUUUCAACACUCCUGUCUUAUUAAUCGGUGACCAUAUGUAAAAACUUUAUUUGUGCAAAAAAUCAAAGGUCUAAUACUUUAUUUUCAGGUGGCGCAUCGAGAAAAUAGUUCCUAAAAAACUAAUAUUUUUACUUGUAAGCCUACCCUCAAAAAAGAGUUAUUCUUACAUGCUUUGCUUACAAAUCUAAGUAUAUCUAAGUAUUAUUUCGUACGCAAAUAUCGUUUUGUUUUAUAAAACUAGUAUAUGGUUUAGAAAUAGUGCCAAAGUUAAGUAAAUUUCAAUAAAAAAAAUGCCUAAAACGCGUAAAGAUUUGCGGUGUCCUUUAUUUGGUGAUCCGAUCAAAUUCAGUAAUAAUAUGUUACCUACAUAUUGUGAUGUGAUUAAACACUACUUAUGGAUAAGAAAGGAAAUUUUAGAGUUGAAUAAUGGAAAGGACCCUUCAGUCAAAGAUAUAUGUGAAAUUAUUGCUUCCGAAAUUGAAGCAAUCUGGAGUAGAGCAUCUAUACCUACAAUUACACAUCAACAAGUCGUAUCUAGGCUGAUUUCGUAUUAUCAAAAGUACAAGAAUGUGAAAAAGUUACGUAAUGAUUCCAAAAAGCAGAUAUUCUACAAAGAUUCAAUAAAUAAAUUGUUUGAUAUCGCAACAUGUAAAUGUAUAUCUCGAGAACUAUGCAAAUGUGUGACUAAAGUACCCGCUGCUGAGGAAAACUUUUUAAAAGAUCAACGAAAUGAGCGCAAAAUGUAUAUUGGUUCUGUGGAUAAGGUGACAACUCAAUCUUUGCGACGUCGUGAAAUUAGGAAACGAAAAUAUGAAGAGUUUGCUGCAAAAUGUAACGUCACUCCAAGUACAUCAUCGUCUGCCCCAGGUAUAGUUUGGACGUCUGAUAGUUGUUCUGCUUCAACGUCAGAUGAGGACGAUGAAUUUCGUACUGCAGAAUUAGUUUCUAAACCAUCCCUUAAAAAAACUCAACAGAUGAGAGAUGAGCUGAAAAAUCUUGCUACAACGUGUGAUAGAACUGGAGUUUCUGAUCGAUGUGCAGGAUUAAUUGUAAAUGCUGCUUUACUUGACUUAAAUGUUAUCAGUACUGAGAACUCAUCAAAAGUAGUAGACCGAAGCAAAAUACGCAGAGAAAGACAAAAGAUUCGUAAAGAAUUGCAAUCUGUAGAAAAACAUGAACCUUUAACGGCUAUUUAUUUUGAUGGUCGUAAGGACAAAACUUUGACUAUAACUAAGGCUGAUAAUAUAUCUCAAAGGAAGAUUAUAGUUGAGAAACAUAUCUCAAUCAUAUCAGAACCCAGUUCUGAAUACAUCGGUCAUCUUUCUGUUGAGUCGGGUAAAGCGGCUGAUAUUGAGAAAAGUAUUAUCGAAUUUCUUGAAAAUAAAUAUGAAUUUCGUUAUUCUUUGGUGGCAAUUGGAUGCGAUGGUACCGUUGUUAAUACUGGUCGAAAAAAUGGAGUCAUUGUUUUAUUAGAAAAACAUCUAAAGCGGCCUUUGCAAUGGUUUGUGUGCUUGUUACAUGCAAAUGAAUUACCACUUCGGCAUUUGUUCUCCGGUCUUGACGGCACUACUACAGGCCCGAAUACUUUUUCUGGCAGGUUAGGAAAACAGCUUGAUAAGUGUCUUGACUUGAAAAUAGUAGCAUUCGAACCCAUCUCCACCAAAUUGCCGGAUCUGAAUAUUGAAUUGUUGAGCACCGAUCAAAAAUACCUUUAUCAGAUGUGUUGUGCUAUUUCUUCUGGUACAGUUUCACCAAACUUAGCCAAUAAAGACCCAGGAAAACUAGCUCAUUCUCGAUGGUUAACUUGCGCUAACAGGAUUCUUCGUUUGUAUAUUGGUACAGCUAAACCGACAAAAAAUUUGAAAGAACUGGCGACUUUCGUCAUGAAAGUAUACGCACCAAACUGGUUUGAUAUCAAAUCAAAAUCCUCUUGUACUUUUGGUCCGAUUCACAUCUUUAAUAUGGUUAAAAGAAGUAUGUAUUUGCAAGAUGAUUUAAAAAGUAUUGUCUUAAAUACUAUUAAAAGAAAUGCUUUCUUCAUACACCCCGAAAAUCUAUUGCUGGCUAUGUUACAAGAUGAUAUUCAACAAGUACGAGAGAUGGCUCUUCGGAGAAUUUUAAAGGCAAGAAAAGAGCCCAAAGGCAAGAAAGUUCGUGAAUUCCAGUUACCAGAGCUAAAAAUAGAUGCGAAAAAUUAUUAUGAUUUAAUAGAAUGGGCGAAAGAGAAGAUAACAGAACCUCCUAUAACAAUGAAAUACAACGAUUCGGAAAUUACUACAAAAAUUGCAACUGGAGGUAAAUUGUUUGAUAUUGAAAAGUACCCUUGCCAUACUCAAGCAGUCGAAAGGUGUGUCAAACUUGUAACUGAAGCUUCGGCAUCUGUUUGUGGACCCGAUGCUAGAGAUGGUUUUAUUCGUACUAGAAUAAAAUCCAGGCAAGAAAUACCUAUUUUUGACACCAAAUCUCAGUAUUUCCGUCAAAAAGAAGACACUGGGACUUCUAAUACUGAACAUUAAAAAAUAAUUUUUAUGGUAACUUCAUAUAGUAAUUCAUGAUGCUAGUAGUUUUGAGUAGAAAUUCAGUAAAAUAUACGAUAAUAUUAUCAGAAAUAAAUGUUUAUUUGUAACUCUUUUUGUUUUCUUAUUUAUCUACCGUCAUACCUAAUGCGCCACCUCAAGAUAUUGAGUUAGAAAGCUGUAACUUUGCAUAAAUAUUUGCAUUACUAUGGAUCACUGUUUGAGAAGGCAGGAAACUUAAAAUUAAGAGAAAAAAAAAAUUCACUCCACCCUAAUGUAUAUUAUAGUAAAUCUAGGUACCACCAAGUUUGCAUGAUAACUACUGCCCUGUGCUACUGCCCGCUGAAGGUAUGCUGCAAACAAAGACUUCAAAGUAUUUAUUUAUUUAUUUAUUCAAUUGUUGGAAGACUUACAGCUAUACAAAGAAAAAUUUUAUAAAACUAUAGCUUUUGCCCGCGACUUCGUCCGCGUGAUAUAAUUACUUUUUAUCAUAUUUUCCAAAAAUGCUGUUGUUUUUAGAGCUGAUGAUGAAAUUAACUUGAUGUUUAAGUUCGAAGAUAGUACAACA